GGGAAAUGAGGUCAACUCUAGAGUGGGCCGUGAAGCCUCUCUGUGCCCAGGGAACUUUGCACAUCUGAGCCCAGAAAAUAAGGGCUAGAAGGGCUCUUGGGCACAGCUGAAUGGCUCUGAGCACUUGACCUCACUUUGGUUUCCAGCCUGGGAAGGGCUGACGGGGCCCAGCACUUUUCCCAGGGUCAGUAAAAGGCAGAGGUUUGAAGUUAGGCAUCACCAGGUUCUCAGUGGGGCCUCUAAGGCCCCCCUCCCACUUUACAGGGAAAAGAGGAGGUGGCUGAAUAGAGGAGGAUAUGAGAUUGGUUCUCUGUUCCUCCUUCUCCCUGCUUUCCCUCAUACCCAUCCUCUCCCCCACAGCAGCCGUCUCCCCCACAGAGACUGGGAAGAGGGAGGGGGGCGGAGUUGGGGACUGAGGGAUCAGAAGCCCCGCAGUGCCCAGUAUUAUCUGAAGGAAGCUCUGGCCGGGGCAGCUGUGCUGGCUCAUGCUCCCAGCUCCCACUGCCACCUCCAUCAGCAUGAUGCUGGGGUGUCUGGGGCUCUGGGCACUGCUUCCCGCGGCUGUGCAAGCGCCCCCAAGCAGGCGGACCUGUGUGUUCUUUGAGGCCCCUGGAGUGCGGGGAAGCGCAAAGACACUGGGGAAGCUGCUGGGUGCGGGACCAGGCCCCCCCAGGGUUAUCCGCUGCCUCUACAGCCGCUGCUGCUUUGGGAUCUGGAACCUGACCCAAGACCAAGACCAGGCCCAGGUGGAGAUGCAAGGAUGCUGGGACAGCGACGAGCCAGGCUGUGAGUCCCCCCACUGUGACCCAAGCCCCAGAGCCCAUCCUAGCCCCAGCUCUACUCUCUUCACCUGCUCCUGUAGCACUGACUUCUGCAAUGCCAAUUACAGCCAUCUGCCUCCUCCGGGGAUCCCUGGGAUUCCUGGUUCCCAGGGUCCCCAGGCCAUCCCAGGGGAGUCCAUCUGGAUGGCGCUGGUGCUGCUGGGGCUGGUUCUCCUCCUCCUGCUGCUGCUGAGCAGCAUCAUUUUGGCCCUGCUCCAACGGAAUGCCUGCCGAGUGCAAGGUGGGCCAGAGCCGGAGCCGGAGCCAGAGGCAGACCCAGACUCGGGCAGGGACUGGAGUGCCGAGCUGCCCGAGCUGCCCGAGCUGUGCUUCUCCCAGGUAAUCCGGGAAGGAGGUCAUGCAGUGGUGUGGGCUGGGCAGCUGCGAGGCAAGCUGGUAGCCAUCAAGGCCUUCCCCCUGAGGGCUGUGGCCCAGUUCCAAGCCGAGAGAGCACUGUAUGAGCUGCCAGGCCUACAGCAUGACCACAUUGUCCGCUUUAUCGCCGCCAGCAGGGGCAGCCCUGGCCCCCUGCCCUGUGGGCCCCUGCUGGUGCUGGAACUGCACCCCAAGGGCUCCCUGUGCCACUACCUGACCCAGCAUACCAGUGACUGGGGAAGAUCUCUGCGGAUGGCGCUGUCCCUGGCCCAGGGCCUGGCGUUUCUCCAUGAGGAACGCUGGCAGGAUGGCCAGUAUAAACCAGGUAUCGCCCACAGAGAUCUGAGCAGCCAGAAUGUGCUCAUUCGGGAUGACGGGUCGUGCGUCAUUGGAGACCUGGGCCUUGCCUUGGUGCUCCCUGGCCUCGCUCAGCCCCCAACCUGGGCCCCUACUCAACCCCGAGGCCCAGCUGCCAUCAUGGAGGCUGGCACCCAGAGGUACAUGGCACCGGAGCUCUUGGACAAGACUCUAGACCUACAGGACUGGGGCACAGCCCUCAGGCGAGCGGAUGUUUACUCUCUGGCUCUGCUCCUAUGGGAGAUCCUGAGCCGCUGUCCAGAUUUGCGACCUGACAGCAGACCACCACCCUUCCAACUGGCCUAUGAGGCAGAACUGGGUAGCACCCCCACCACCUGUGAGCUAUGGACCUUGGCAGUGGAGGAGAGAAGGCGCCCCUACAUCCCGUCCACCUGGUGUUGCUUCACCACAGACCCUGGUGGCCUGAGAGAGCUCCUGGAGGACUGCUGGGACGCAGACCCAGAAGCACGGCUGACAGCUGAGUGUGUCCAGCAGCGCCUGACCGCCCUGGCCCGUCCUCAGGAGGCCCACCCCUUCCUAGAGGGCUGACCACAUGGCUGCCCCUGUCUCUGCCCAGAAGACCAUCUCUCAACUCCUCCCUGCUACUAUUCUCCCUCGUAGGCCUUAGCUGAGUGUCUGUCACCUCAGUGUUCAGCAAGGCCCUUGUUCCAGAAAUCCCCAACCUGCCUGUACCACUUCUCAUGUGUAAAUAUGCAGUUUAUGUGUAAUCUAUGUGCAUGCAAACGUAAAUACGGAGAUCGGACGCCUGUUCUGCUUCACCGCUGCCUUUCCUACUUGCCCAGUGUUUGUACGCAUCCUUCUGCGGGCUUCCACUCCACCGCUUCUGACCAGUGACUCUGGCUGGGUGUGCACAGGAAAGGGAUAAAGUCAGCUUCCCUGACUCCUCAUCCUGGGGCCGUCCUCCAUCUCUGUAAUCUUGCACACCUCCUCUCCCUCUUCCUUUCCUUCUCUUCCACGAGCCUUUAUUUGGUGGAAUCUCAUGCUGGACCCUGGGGAAGGAAGGAUGAUAACAAUGGAAUCGCUUCUCUGAAAGCGUUCAUUUUGCUGGGGUCCUGCGCAGUGUCCUGGGGGAAUGUCCUUUCCUGAGGUUUGAGUGGGAAGACCUCACAGAGCACAGGACGCUUGGGCUGGGGCUUGAAGAGCAGGAGUUUUCCAGGAGUGUUGGGGGCAGGUGGGCAUUCCUGGCCCAGUGAGGUGUACCAUCACGUGGUGUAGGAAGAAAGUGCAGGGAACCUGGGUAGCAAAAGUGGAGGGCGUGGAGAGAGGAGAGGUGGUUGUGAAGAACUGUAGGCAAGGCUUUGUGAGCCAUGCUGAGUUCUUCAUUUCUCUUUUUGGAUUUCUCUACAGGCUUUUCUUUCUCAUGACAGGCCCUUUAACCCUGAGUGCUGCUCACGGUCAGGCCAGUUGCAAGAAACUGGUUUACAGCCUUGGCUCAGUUUCUAACUAUCUGAGUUGCUUCCUCUUUCUAGGCCUCAGGUUUCUCAUCUGCCAAACAAAGGGACUGGAGGCCUUCUGAUCUAACCCCAGAAGAGCAAUGGGAGGGCUUUGACAUCACUCCAACAGGAUUGUUUCCUGCUUAGUGACCAACUUGCCCUAUGUUUUGGGGCAAGUUACUUAACUCUAGAAAUCUCAGUUUUAUCAUGUGUGAAGUAUGGAUAAAGACACCUACCCUGGGCUGGGAGUAAAUAAGUAAAUAAACCUAAUUACCUCCCCCUCAGAAAACAAACAAACAAACAAACAAAAAACAAUACCCUGCCUUCAGGGUUGAUUGAGGGUGAAAAAGAAGAGGUGCCAGUCUUGUGCAACACCUGGCCUUAAUAGACAUUCUGUAAAUGCUAGAAGUUGUGACAGAGAGUUAAGAUGGACCCCUUCUAGCUUGGCUUGCUGGAGUUCCGGGAAGAGCUCAGGGCUUGGGACUUACUUCCCUGCAGAUGUAGAUUUCAAAUUCUCUCCAGACAUCAUCACUUGGAUAGGCAGCCACCACCUGAAACUAAAUACAUCAAAAUCCAAGCCCCUGCCUUCCCCUCACCGACAAGUCCGCCUUCUUCCCCCAUUCUUACGGGCACCAACACCAAGUUUCCCCAAGGAAGAAACUUGUCCCUUGUCCCUUCUUGUGGCCCCAGCUCGUCCCACCAUGUCCAGUCAGUUCUUGCAAGGGCAGGGUCUGCUUCUGGCACCAUCCCCCUUUCUUUUCUCCAAGGUCUAACAACUGGUGCCCAGUUGCCCCUUGGCCACCUAUUUCCCCCACCAAUCUAGGCUAAACAGCACUCUUGGAAUAAUCUUUAAAUAUAAGUUUCAUUAUGUCUUGCCUCUGCUCAACAAUCUACUUGCCUUUUUCAUGACAAUCCUGUGAGAACCAUUUACAGAGAGGGAAACCAAGGGCUCAGAGAAGUUCAGAAAUGUGUCCAAGGUCAUACAGAUUUUAAAUAACAAAGAAGGGAUUUUCAGCCAUUAAAAAUGUUUAUGAAGACGCCAUAAAUUAUUAGAAAUAGAUAUGUCAUGUGAAAAGAAUAUACAAAUAUAUGUUGACAAGCCUAAUGUUUGUUAAAUCAAAAAUAAACCUAUGGUGGGGAGGGUAUAGCUCAAGCGGUAGAGCACAUGCUUAGCACGCACAAGGUCCUGGAUUCAAUCCCCAGUACCACCUCUAAAAAUAAAUAAACAAACCUAAAUACCUCCCCCACCUCCCCAAAAAAACACAAAACCUAUGAUCACAAGAAAAGCAAACAAACACCAACGGAAGGACAUUUUUCAAAAUACCCAACCACAAGUAUCAAGAUCAUCAAAAACAAAGAAAUUCUGAGAAACAAUCACAACUAAAAAGAGCCUAAGGAGACAUGACGAUUAAAUGUAAUGUGAUAUCUUGGAUAAGAUCCUAUAAUGGAAAAAGGACACUGGGUAAGAGCUCAAGAAAUCUGAAUAAAGUGUGGAGUUUAGUUAACAAUCAUGAAGCAGUAUUGGUUCAUUAAGGUAACAAACAUACCAUACUAAUGUAAGGUAUUAAUAAUAGGGAAACUGGGUAUGUGGAAUAUGAAAAGUCUGUAUUACCUUCUCAAUUUUCUGUAAAUCUAUAAUUUGUUCUAGACAAAAUAAAGCUCAUUAAAAACAAAACAAAACAAAACUAUGACCAUCUUCAAAACUUCAGAGGCCAUAAAUACAAAGAACAAGGUUGUGGUAAGCAUCACAAGGUUUACCUGCAGUAUUUUUGAGUGAGUGUCUAGUAAUGUGUUGUAUUGAAGGGAUCACUAACAUAAAAACCAGAAAGCCUAGAUUAUAAUCUUGGCUCUCCUGUCAACUCUUAGAAAAGUUUAUUUAAUUUUCAGGAAGUUGAAUGAAUGAUUCUCUAAGUCAUUUCCAAUCUUAUAAUUCCAUGUUGAUAAAAUAUUUAGUCCCAGUUGUAAAGAUUACUUCACCAAAUCCAGUAUAUUCCUAGUAUGAUAUUGCCAUGAUGAGUGAUGCUGAGCUCAUGGAGAUGCAGUAUGCAUGUAAAUAAACUGUUUAGAAACUUGAAAGCAUAAAUCUAUGAGGAGAAAUGGACUCAUGGGAAGGAAACUAUGUGGGGUGGUGGACAAUGGGGAGAAGACUGAUUUUUUCUUAUCUACCUUUUUUUAACCUCAAUUUUGAACUAUUUGCAUAUUUUGCAUAUUAAAGUCAUAUAUUCACUUAUUACUUUUAAAAGUCUAUGUCUAGAAAAAAAGACUAGAUGGAAAUAUGCCAAAAUAUUAACAAUUAGUGAUUCUGUUUGGGUGAUGGGACCUCAGAAGUAGUUUGCUUUUUCUUUCCAGAUUUCUGUGUUUUCCAACUUUUCUUCAAUUCUCAUGAAUUAUUUAUAGGAGUUAAUAAAAGCAUAUAAACAAAUUUACUAUCACCAGAAAACAUUCCUUAAAAAAACCACAUGUGACUUUACAGUGCCACCCUUCGGCACUGAUGGACACGACUUGUAGCUUAUGUUACGUUUGUGGUUAUGUUGUUUGCUGAAGUUAUUUCAUUUGUGAGCAUUGUAUUCUCACCUAGACUGUAAUGAAAAACAUGGAGUGUGUGGAGAACAUAGAUUAUAUUCCUUCUGGUUUCAUUAUAGCACCCAGUUCAGGACUCAGCACACAGCCUGGUGUACUGGAAAGAUAGAGUCCUGGGUUCCUGACCUGAAUUGGCCUCUAACUAAGGCAGAACCUGCAAUAAACCGCUUCUCCUUUCUGAGCCUCAUUUUUCGCAUCUGUUCAAGGAGGAUGCCAUUCGCUUUUGAUGUGCUAAGGUAUGUUCAGUAAAUGCUCAUUGACCAACAGACCCGGUAGGAAAAGGAUGCUAUUUGGUCCCGUGCCACAGUUUUAUGUCUUCACCUACCUGUCAUAGGCCUACCUGAAGUUCUUAGAAAGCAAGUGAUAGGUGACUCAUGCUGCUUCGCAAUUUUAUAGCGCCUUCCUUAGGUCUAGGAAAGUAACUACAAAAUCUUCUAUAGCUUCAACCUCUCUGAAUGUCUCCUUCACUUCUCCCACCCAUUACUAUUUUUAAAAAUUAUAUAUAUGAGAGAGGGGAGGUAAUUCGGUUUAUUUAUUUGUUUAUUCCUAGAGGAGAUAGUGGGGGUUGAACCCAGGACCUCAUCCAUGCUAAUAAGCAUGUGCUCUACCACUUGAGCUAUACCCUCCCCCGUCUCCCAAAUUGAACCUUACUUUCCCUGGAGUGGUAGCUGUUUUUUCUUUCACAUACAUUGGAGGAAGGUAAAUAUUUUCCUUUCUGUCUGUUGCUGCAUCCAGACCCUUUCUCCAUCUUUCUCCUUCAAAAGCCCAAGCUGUUUCUCUGAAACACAUAUCAUCAGACCACAUGACUUGCUACUUCACCUUAUUGUGGUCAUUUACAGACCUCCUGGUCACUCCUGUGUACUUGUUAAUAUUUCAGCAUCUGGCUCAAAAUCUUUCUUUUUAAUCACUACUUUUGUCAUCAUUCUUGGCAACUUAAGUCAACAUGUGGAUAAUUUACUUAAUCUUUUCAUCUUGAUCUUUUUACUUCCAACAAAAUUUUCCUCCACUACUUCAGACACCAAGAUCUGUUUCAAAUUGUUCCUCUCUCUGGAUGCCAUUUUGUGAUCUAAGCCUGGACACAAUGCUUCCCUUGAACAGAUCUCAGUAAUGAAUGAUCUUAAAGGAAGCGAGGGAAUGCACAAACAAAGGAAAAGCAGUCAAAAAACAAUAGUUUGGAGAAAAAGUAGAAUCCUGGUUCCUCCUCAGGAGAUAUAUAUAACAAUCUGAUACCUAUCUUUAAGUUCUGCAGGAACUAAGGCCCACACCCAGGUGGAGAAUGGAAUGACAAUGUUGGACUUUUCUGACCCUCAAUCAACCAACCAAAGCUUGGACUCUAUCAACCUUUGCCCCAAUUCUAUGCUGAAUUCUCCUCUGCUCAAGCCCUUGCAGGAAUAUGCACGUACCCUUAGCUUAAAACUUUCCUAAUUUUGAUGUUCAAGGGAAUACUGCUUUGGGAAAAAUCCCAAGUGUUUUUCUUACUUGCUGUAAAUAAUAAAUCCUUCCUUCUCUUGAUCUCUGUCUUGGCUGUAUCUUUUGGCUUGACAUUCACCAAGAAGUAAACCCAGCUUUCAGGUAACAAGAGCUCAUCCUCUCAAUCACUACACUGUGCUAACUGAACUGUCUUAGUUAAGGUCAGUGUCUUGACCUGUAAACUUGAACACCUCUCUUCCUGGU